AUGCCUCUUCUAAGUUCCUGGCACCAAGUCGAGCGCAUAAGAGUCGAUGCGGUUGCAAACAUGGCUAUGAAGUCGAACAAGACGCAGAGCCACGAGAGUGCUGCGCCGUUGUGGCGGGAAGAAGAUGCUAUCUGCGUCUCGUCAGUACUGAGAUUGUCAGAAUCAUGGAAUCAAUGGCAUCAACUGACUCUUCUCGUACGGCCCAAAAUUCCCAAUGUGUCCCAUGCCCGCUGCAGCAGGGUGUACUCCCCAUCCCUAUUGCGCCAAGGGUCCAGAACACCCAUCAGCAAACGGCCGAUGGCGAUUCUUUUCCUGAUCGUUGCCGUGCGCAAAGGCGUUGCCACGCACUUUGAUAUCCGGACUGCCUGCACCACCAUGUCCUGGAUUCCCUUGGGCCACAGCGUGCGCAGAACGUCCACCACGACACUCGCGACGUGUUCGGGGAAGCGCAGCAAACGGAUGCCAUCGUCCCCGUCAGGGAGAUCAGGGUGUACGUGA